AUGAAGAAUUGUUUGGCAUACCUGGUAUUAGCCGUGUGCUUGCUCACCGGCCCAGUAGCAAGUCAAUCUGCUACGGUUUCAGUAAACGUUGGAGGAAGCAUUAUCACUUUAGCAUCGUCGGAUUUGGCGACGAUACUGGCUAUAGUAGCAGCUCUGCAAGGAACUACGACCACGACUGCGGCUACUACAACAUUAGCCACAACAACGGCUGCAGUUACUACUACGGUUCCAACCACUACAGUUUCAACCACUACCGCUCCUACUACAACCGCUCCAACCACUACCGCUCCAACAACUACCGCUCCAACAACUACCGCUCCAACAACUACCGCUCCAACCACUACCGCUCCAACCACUACGACUACCGCUCCAACCACUACCGCUCCAACCACUACCGCUCCAACCACUACCGCUCCAACCACUACCGCUCCAACAACUACCGCUCCAACAACUACCGCUCCAACAACUACCGCUCCAACCACUACCGCUCCAACCACUACGGCUCCAACUACUACGGCUCCAACCACUACCGCUCCAACCACUACGGCUCCAACCACUACCGCUCCAACCACUACCGCUCCAACCACUACCGCUCCAACCACUACCGCUCCAACCACUACCGCUCCAACCACUACCGCUCCAACCACUACCGCUCCAACCACUACGGCUCCAACCACUACGGCUCCAACCACUACCGCUCCAACCACUACGGCUCCAACUACAACCGCUCCAACCACUACCGCUCCAACCACUACCGCUCCAACCACUACGGCUCCAACCACUACCGCUCCAACCACUACCGCUCCAACAACUACCGCUCCAACAACUACCGCUCCAACCAGUACCGCUCCAACCACUACGGCUCCAACUACAACCGCUCCAACCACUACCGCUCCAACCACUACCGCUCCAACCACUACGGCUCCAACCACUACCGCUCCAACCACUACCGCUCCAACAACUACCGCUCCAACAACUACCGCUCCAACCACUACCGCUCCAACCACUACCGCUCCAACCACUACGGCUCCAACUACUACGGCUCCAACCACUACCGCUCCAACCACUACCACUCCUACUACAACCGCUCCAACCACUACCGCUCCUACUACAACCGCUCCAACUACAACCGCUCCAACAACCACGACCGUUGCCCCAACAACCACGACCGUUGCCCCAACAACCACGACCGUUGCUCCAACAACCACGACCGUUGCCCCAACUACCACUACCACCAAACCUUGCAUUGGCGGAGGAAGCAUUGGCAUUGGCGGAGGAAUCAAGAUUGGUGGGCUUGGAAUUGGUGGAAGCAUCAACUUGGGUGCUGGAUUGGGAGGUGUAGGUGCCAACAUUGGUGGAGGAAUCAAGAUUCCAUCAGUACCAACACUCAUCGGUACAGGAUUAAACGUGGCUGGCAGCGUUUUGGGUACUGCGACCAAUUUGGCCGGCGGUGUGAUCAAUACUGCAGGAAAUCUGGUGAAUGGCGUUCUAGGCACUGGAGUGAACUUGCUUGGAACUGCAGUUAACACAGCCGGUAAUGUGGCUGGCAAUGUAGUUAAUGGCGUUCUCGGUACGGGAUUGAACCUGCUAGGCACGGCUACUAACACGGCUGGAACCGCAGUCAAUGGUGCUUUGGGCACCGGUUUGAAUGUGAUCGGCAAAGCGACUAACACGGCUGGCAAUGUGGUAAACAGCGCUCUGGGUACCGGGUUGAACUUGCUCAGCCCAGCGACUAACACGGCUGGCAACGUAGUGAACAGCGUUCUCGGAACGGGAUUGAACCUGCUAGGCACGGCUACUAACACGGCUGGAACCGCAGUCAAUGGUGCUUUGGGCACCGGUUUGAAUGUGAUCGGCAAAGCGACUAACACGGCUGGCAAUGUGGUCAACGGCAUUCUUGGUACGGGAUUGAACCUGAUCGGUAAUGUGGCCAAUACGGCAGGUACUGCUGUUCGAGAUGUUCUGGGAGGCGUUAGCGGUGCGGUUAAUGGCGCUCUUAACACAGGCAUUCAGGCAAGUGGUGGUCUCAAUCUUAACGCUGGCAAUCUCAACGCUGGCCUCUCUGCCGGAGCAGGGCUCAACGUAGGAACGGGGCUUCCUUACUCAAACGUGCUUCGUCUGGGUUUUGCUGGAUAA